UUUCAGCUGCAACGCAGGUGUCUAUAUUGGAAGUCAGCGUCCUGCAGCCAUUCGAGUUGUGUAGCUACUGCAGUUCAAACAGGCUGCGCAGAUUAAUACAGCGGAGCGGCUUGGUGGUGUAUACCCGACACGAAGAUUUGUGGAGGAGCCUGACUGAGAGGACACGAGCCGGCCAUGCUGUCCAGAGCGGCGACCACGCUGCGGCUGCUGGUGGGGGCAGCGCGCCACGCCCACCACAGCUCCACACCAGCACAGGCGACCACGCCCCCGCUGGAGCCACGCGGCAAGGCGGCGCUGGUUACAGGCGGUGCAGCCGGCCUGGGUGCCGCCGUCUCCAAGGCGCUGGUCUCGGCAGGGGCCAAGGUGGCGGUGGUGGACGUGGAUGCUGCUGCGGGUAGCCGCCUCGUGCAGGGGCUGAGGGCCGCAGCAGGCGACGGGAGCGCCCUCUUCCUGCACGCUGACGUCACAGACUUCGCGCGCCUCCAGGACGCAUUUGAGAUGGCGAAGGGGACUUUCAAUGGGUUGGACAUCGUCAUAAAUAACGCCGGUGUCGGAAAUGAUGUCGAGUGGCAACGAGAGAUCGAUAUUAAUUUGAAGGGCGUGGUGGGCGGCACGCUGCUGGGUCUGCGGCUGGCCACCAGGGGCGCGCGUGUGCUCAACGUGGCGUCGGUGGCCGCACUCGGCGCCUUCAGCUGCGCCCCCGUCUACACCGCCACCAAGCACGCCGUAGUCGCGCUCACGCGCUGCUAUGGGGCAGCAGAGCACACGGAGAAGACAGGUGUGUCUGUGGUGGCGGUGUGCCCCGGGCCCUGUGAUACGACGCUGCUGGAGAACGUGGGCAGGCACUUGCCCGAGGCCUGGCAGGCGGAGCAGUUCUACUCGCUGGUCCAGCAGUUCGGAGUCUCCAGCCCUGAGCAGAUGGCGGAGGGUGUGAUGCACGUUCUGCGAGACGCCACCUCCGGCUCGGUGUGGGUGUGUCACGAGGGCCGAGCCUCGCCCGUGGAGUUCCCAGAGCUCCUCUAGAGGGGCUCUCUGCCCUCUGCUCGCCAGGAGGCUUCGUGAAUGAGCUAUAGAAGACUUGCUGUCAUACCACGCUUCGUUGCACAGCAUGUCGACGACGAUGUCUUAGAUGCUGCAAGUCUAAUAAUGCAAGACGGAGGUAGCUCCCAUAACUUCUACCUCGACAUUUUCAUACACUCUAUCUAAUUAGAUAACACAUUUAAAUAUCUGGGACUACCGCUCGACCAAAAACUAACAAAGCAGACCCUGUUACUAACAGUAAUACCGAAACCCCACUACAGAGUACAACAGAUAACCGGCAGAACAUGGAGAGAGGCUCUUGUCUGCCGUACUAAACACCUACAAAGCCCUGAUCCAACUUCUCCUCUCCUAGCCGGUUUCGCUGGAAUGUUUCGCUCCCUCCUAAUUCUCUAAUACCACAAACUCGCUUCACCUUCCGUAGGCAUGUACUUAUCAGCUUAGUAGCUCGUUUCCCUCUCCACUUGCACACUAACCACUUUCGAAUUCCCUACACUUGACAGAAACUCGACACCAACUACCUAAUCGUUUCUUCCCCGCACGACGCGCUCGUUGCAGCACGUCCCCAGAAACUCACGCAUACACCCUCACCAUAUUCUAUGACAACGACACUACAUCUACAUCUACAUCCAUACUCCGCAAGCCACCUGACGGUUUGUGGCGGAGGGUACUUUGAGUACCUCUACCGGUUCUCCCUUCUAUUCCAGUCUCGUAUUGUUCGUGGAAAGAAAGAUUAUCGGUAUGCCUCAGUGUGGGCUCCAAUCUCUCUGAUUUUAUCCUCAAGGUCUCUUCGCGAGAUAUACGUAGGAGGGAGCAAUAUACUGCUUGACUCUUCGGUGAAGGUAUGCUCUCGAAACUUUAACAAAAGCUCGUACGGAGCUACUGAGCGUCGCUCUUGCAGAGUCUUCCACUGUAGUUUAUCUAUCAUCUCCGUAACGCUUUCGCGAUUACUAUAUGACCCUGUAACGAAGCACGCUGUUCUCCGUUGGAUCUUCUCUAUGUAUUCUAUCAACCCUAUCUGGUACGCAUCCCACACCGGUGAUCAAUAUUCAAGCAGUUGGCGAACAAGUGUACUGCAACCUACGUCCUUUGUUUUCGGAUUGCAUUUGUUUAGGACUCUUCCAAUGAAUCUCAGACUGGCAUCUGCUUUACCGAUGAUUAAUUUUAUAUGGUCAUUCCAUUUUAAAUCGCUCCUAAUCCCUACUCCCAGAUAAUUUAUGGAAUUAACUGCUCCCAGUUGCUGACCUGCUAUAUUGUAGCUAAAUGAUAAAGGAUCUUUCUUUCUAUGUAUUCGCAGCACAUUACACUUUUCUACAUUGAGAUUCAAUUGCCAUUCCCUGCACCAUGCGUCAAUUCGUAGCAGAUCCUCCUGCAUUUCAAUUUUCCAUUGUUACAACCUCUCCAUAUACUACAGCAUCAUCCGCAAAAAGCCUCACUGAACUUCCGAUGUUAUCCACAAGGUCAUUUAUGUGUAUUGUGAAUAGCAACGGUCCUACGACACUCCCCUGCGGCACACCUGAAACCACUCUUACUUCGGAAGACUUCUCUCCAUUGAGAAUGACAUGCUGCGUUCUGUUAUCUAGGAACUCUUCAAUCGAAUCACACGAUUGGUCUGGCAGUCAAUAUGCUCUUACUUUGUUCAUCAAACGACUGUGGGAAACUGUAUCGAAUGCCUUGCGGAAGUCAAGAUACAGGGCAUCUACCUGGGAACCCGUGUCAACCGAUCGUCUUUUUCGAAACCCAUGUUGAUUCCUACAGAGUAGAUUUCUAGUCUCCAGAAAAGUCAUUAUACUCGAACAUAAUAGGUGUUCCAAAAUUCUACAACUGAUCGACAUUAGAGGUAUUGGUCUAUAGUUCUGCACAUCUGUUCGACGUCCCUUCUUGAAAACGGGGAUGACCUGUGCCCUUUUCCAAUCCUUUGGAACGCUACGCUCUUCUAGAGACCUACUGUACACCGCUGCAAGAAGGGGGAGGGGCAGGGGUCAAGUUCCUUCGCGUACUCUGUGUAAAAUCGAACUGCUAUCCCAUCAGGUCCAGCGGCCUUUCCUCUUUUGAGCGAUUUUAAUUGUUUCUCUAUCCCUUUGUCGUCUAUUUCGAUAUCUACCAUUUUGUCAUAUGUGCGACAACCUAGAGAAGGAACUACAGUGCUGUCUUCCUCUGUGUAACAGCUUUGGAGAAAGACAUUUAGUAUUUCGGCCUUUAGUCUGUCAUCCUCUGUUUCAGUACCAUUUUGGUCACAGAGUAUCUGGACAUUUUGUUUGGAUCCCCGAAAUUUCUGCCUAUCCUUCUUGUGGAUCUUCUUGCUCUAGGCUCCUCAUCCUCGUCAUUUUUAUUCUACAUUCUUUCCCAAAACUCUACCACAAAAAGCACUCGUGAUAUCCUGAUUAUUUCACUCUCAAAAUUUAUAAAACUCAUUGCUCAUCCAUCCGCAUUUCCUGACAGUCAGCUCGUGCCCAACCUUUAUCGCAAAUAACGCCAGUCACCCGUCAUCAGCGUUAUUUACGUAAUCAAUUAAGAAAAGUGGCGUUUAUCACACCAGUCAUCCGUGGAAGAUGUCAGUGUUAUUUACGUAAUCAAUUAAGAAAAGUGGCGUUUAUCUUUUGAGAAUUACUCAGAAGAGAUCAUUAAUAUGUUCACUCAUAAUCCACUGUUACAUAACAUAGUUUUAAUGCAAUCAAAUAACUUUUAUAUUUAUAUAGUUUUUAAUUCUAUGGCUAGAGAUUAGAUAUAAGUGUGACUGCGCACAGCUCAACCGCUCUUGUGAAUCGAAGAAGAUU